GGCGCCGGUGCAGCGAGCGCGGAGCGGCGCUGGGAGAUGCGCCUGGGCGCGCGCCGCCGGCACCAUGCGCCCCGCGCCCGCGCUGGCCCUGGCCGCGCUCUGCCUGCUGGCGCUGCCCGCCGCCGCCGCCGCCGCCUACUUCGGCCUGACUGGACGGGAGGUCCUGACGCCCUUCCCCGGGCUGGGCACCGCGGUGGCCCCAGCUCAGGGCGGGGCCCACCUGAAGCAGUGCGACCUGCUGAAGCUGUCCCGCCGGCAGAAGCAGCUCUGUCGGCGGGAACCUGGCCUGGCUGAGACCUUGCAGGAUGCUGCCCACCUCAGCCUGCUCGAGUGCCAGUUCCAAUUUAGGCACGAGCGCUGGAAUUGCAGCCUGGAGGGGAGGAUGGGCCUGCUCAAGAGAGGUUUCAAGGAGACGGCCUUCCUGUACGCGGUGUCCUCGGCCGCCCUCACCCACACUCUGGCCCGGGCCUGCAGCGCCGGGCGCAUGGAGCGCUGCACCUGCGACGACUCUCCGGGCCUGGAGAGCAGGCAGGCCUGGCAGUGGGGCGUGUGUGGCGACAACCUCAAGUACAGCACCAAGUUCCUGAGCAACUUCCUGGGGCCCAAGAGAGGAAGCAAAGACCUGCGGGCACGGGCAGACGCCCACAACACCAACGUGGGCAUCAAGGCCGUGAAGAGUGGCCUCAGGACCACGUGUAAGUGCCACGGCGUGUCGGGCUCCUGCGCUGUGCGCACCUGCUGGAAGCAGCUCUCCCCAUUCCGAGAGACGGGCCAGGUGCUGAAGCUGCGCUACGACUCGGCGGUCAAGGUGUCCAGUGCCACCAACGAGGCCUUGGGCCGCCUGGAGCUGUGGGCACCCGCCAGGCUGGGCAGUGCCACCAAGGGCCUGGCCCCCCGGCCUGGGGACCUGGUCUACAUGGAGGACUCACCCAGCUUCUGCCGGCCCAGCAAGUACUCCCCUGGCACGGCAGGCCGAGUGUGCUCCCGGGAAGCCAGCUGCAGCAGCCUGUGCUGCGGGCGGGGCUAUGACACCCAGAGCCGCCUGGUGGCCCUCUCCUGCCACUGCCAGGUGCAGUGGUGCUGCUACGUGGAGUGCCAGCAGUGCGUGCAGGAGGAGCUCGUGUACACCUGUAAGCACUAGGUCUGUUGCCCAGUGUGCCAGCCGGGCACUGCCAGGACCUCCCUCAGUGCCCAGCGCCCAGCUGCCCAGCUGGCCCCUCGGGGCAGAUACUCCUGCAUGCAUGCGCUCAUCGACGUGCGUGCCAGGCACACGUACUCCUCUCACCAUCGCGCCUGGCAGCCUCCCCCUCCCUCAACACUCGGCCGUGAGAGGCGCAGGCUCCACCCUGAACCCCGGGGUCCCCAGUCUUUUUUGAGGACUUGGAGCAGGAAGGCGGAGUGGGAAAGAUGUGGAAGGAAACGAGAGAGACCAGGAGGAGGGCAGGCCGAGGUGUCAGAGGGGACGGAAGAAAUCUCCUGCCGUCUCCGUUCCUAGGAUAAGCGGCCUGGAGCCGGGAAGAUGCAGGGAGUUGAGCGUCUGCAUGAAGAAGGCACAGGGUGGCAGUGUCCGCUGGAAGCCAAGGCUGGAGCCUGGCGGGGAUGGGUCAGUCCCUCCCGUGGGCCCUGCUCAGGUCUCAGCGAACCCAGGGACCACAAACCAUCACUGCCUAGAGAGGAGGGACAAGGCAGGGGAUGGGAGCUGUCGGUUUGGAGAAAAGAAAGCUUUCUGGGCUUGCGUGGACCAAGUCAGAUACUGCGUCCUUGAUUAUGUUUUUAAAAUCUGCCUGUGCUGAGGCCUCUUUCUUGUCUUGAGAGCUGUUACCCGAACCCACCCAGCCCUGCUCAGCAAGAGCACCAGUGGGUGCAAGACCCAGAGGGAGCGCAGUCCCCGGGGUGGGGCUCUGAUAGCGCAUCGAGGCUGCACAGGGAGACAGUGGACCCUCCCAGUUUUCUCUGGGACACAGAACCUUUAGUCCCAGCCCAGGAGAGGGUGACAGCCCCCUGGUGCCAGGCAGGGAUGUGGUGCCAGGCAAGCUCAGUGUCUCAGCUUCCCCUUGAGCUGGCUUUGGUCCCCAUGGCUGGGGUCCCCCUGUGCUGUGAGGCCCCAACACAGUUGACAUUUGUGACACAGAAGAGUUGGCUUAUGCGUCCUGAUUCUGGUUACAUUUCUACUCUUACGGCUACUCAUCUACUUAAGGUUUUUGCCCUGGGGCGGGAUAGGGACAUGAAAGUCUUUGCUAAGCCUGGUUUCUUGGGGGGGCCCUUUAUUUACUAAUGGGCCCUCUGCCUAAAAAACGGAAGUAACUUUGCUGAUUUCCUCCAACCCUUUGGACAUUUUCAGUGAUACCUACCAAGGCCCUGUGUGGGAGGAGGAGAGAGAGGCUGGCACACACACACACACACACACACACACACACACACACACACAUGCGUGCACACACACACGCCUGCACACGCACAUGCCGCUUAGACCUGCCAGGCUGAGGGUUCUCACUGAGCAGCACACAACCCUCUGGUUCAGGACCAAGACCUCGCAGGGAUCACUGCUGGAGGCUGUGCUUCCCCAGAGCAGGGCUCGGUGCCAGACGGGAGGAAGUGACCUCCUCUGGGAUGCCCUUGGCCACUCUGCUGGCCCGGCCGCGCCCUCUGUCAGCUUCCUUUCUCCCUGAACCCAGAGUUGCUGACCCUCCACUGAAACAGGAAACUUCAGAGUCAGCUGAAUGCUCAGAAACGCCAUGCGAGCCCCAGGAAGGAGCCCCGGGGUGAGACCUCCGAGGGUGAGACGCGCUGCCUCUCUUCAGUGGCUCGGGCCGCCUGCAGGCUGCUGGAAGGAUCUCUGGCCCCAGAGGCUCUGAUGAGACCCCUUUCUGGACUGACCACUGACCCAAGCAGCUGGCCCACACCUGGCAGAAAGAGCAAAAAGGAGAGAGGGCUGGUUUUCUCGUUUCUUCCACACGCCCACUGCCUGGAGACGCUCUGCCAGCCCCGUCCAUCUUGCUCCUCUGAGACCCAACUCUGCCCCCACGCUGGCUCAGCCCGAGGCCUGCAGCGGCAGGAAGAGGAGCAUGAUCCCCCAACACGCCAUCUGCACCCCAGCUCCAAGGCCAGCAGUGCCGGGGGUGCAGGAGGAUAAAGGGCAGACUCUGAGGGACCAAGGCCAUGGCUGGCCACCAACACAGACAACCCAGGCCAAGGGCCUGGAUGCAGGCUCUGAGGGCCCCUCAGCCUAUGGGGUCAUCUCCCUCCGGCCCUUUCUUCUCUUUUAUGGCUCCCACCCUUUCCCUUCCAGUUGCCCCCAAAGGUCCACCUCAGUCCUGCUGGGACCCUGGGGACCAGUUACCACUAACCCCUCAUUCUAUAGAGCUUUAAGGGAAUCACUCACAGGGUAUUUGUUGUCUACCUCACAUAUAUAGACUUUAGGGCAAAAAGAGAAUAAUUUAUAUAGCUAAGAUAUAUGAGAAAAUAUUUAUGUUAUUUAUAUAGUUUCUAUAUUCUAUGGGCAGCACCUGUGGCAUGACUCCCCCCCACACCCCCCCUUUCUGCAUGAGCCCUAGUGGCUCGAUCCUGAUCCUCCUUGCGAAGUCUGGAACUUCUCUGCUCUUCUGGUCCCAGGCCCCCUCUUCUGCUCUGGCAUCGCUGUCCUGCUCCUAAUAAUAAUGACAACAAGGAUGACCACACCUUGAAUCUGUAAAGCACUUUCAAUCUUCAGAAAACCUUUGUCCCCAUAAUCUCACCUGCUUUCCCCAUUAUUCCUGUGAGGUCGGUGGGACCACGUCACUGUGCCCAUUAUACAGAUGUGGCCCAGGAUGGGAAGGCUGUGCUCAAAGUCUCACCGAAGAGGGCCCUUCAAUGAAUAUUGACUGAACUCCUCUUGGGCCAGGCACUGUGCGGGCUGACUUAUCGCCUGGAUACGCCCUGAGCCCAAGGACCCAAGGCCGCGGCUGCUUCCCUGGCGGGGGGUGGCAUGGGCCAUUUGGAUCAGGACAGCACUUCCGCGUUUUUCCAAAUGGAUUCCUGUGUCUCGGGGGCCAGGACUGCCCAAGGAGGCUGGAGAGACAAGGACUCAAUGGGGGUCACUCCAAGGGCUCCACCAUCGGGCCCCCCUCCUCCUGCCCAGGCUGCCCCAGAGGGUUGGGCGACUUCGCAGGGCUCCUCCCAGCCAGAGAUGGGUUUGUUUGCUUUUAUUUGUGUUUUUAUUUAAAAAAAUGAAUUGUUUUCCAUUGGAUUUCUGGCUUCUCCUGUAAAAUCAGCUGCACCUGUAGACUGGGCCUGCAGUGCCACCUGGCCACAGUCCGCUAGAGAGGGGGAGCCCUAAGAGACAGAAGGCACGGGGCUCCCCAGUUUGCCAAGUACCAGCCGCCUCAGCCCACUUUACUUACGGAUUUUCCACCUGGACCUCAUGGGCACAUCAUGUCCAUCCCCUGGUGCAGACACACCCGGCGUCCCUCGUGUCCUCCGCUGCCCGGCAGACAGAGCGACAGACCUGUGCCAACCCUGACGGUUAUUUCUUGCUUUCCAGAGGUGUUUUGUUUUUCUCAACAACCGUGAACUUCAAAUGCUUUUUGUCUUAGCACAUUUAGGAUUGCCGUGGAGCUGUCAUGGAUUGAGCACCUUGUUCUGCCCAUCCAUGCAAUCAGCAAUUGCUUAGGGAGUUCCUACUGGGCGCCCGCGACGUCCCUGCCUUGUGGGGCUGACACUCUAGUG